UGACAACGGCCUACUCGUAGGCCUCGAAGACUUACGAGCUGCCCACACUGAAGCUGGCGCCGUUGGGGCUAGAGAAACCGAAGUCGGGGGUGCGUGCACAGCAAAUGAAGCCCGAGGACUGGAAGGACGAGCUGGCGGACCAAUACUACUACUACGCUGCUGCCGUCCAGCAUAACGCGGCCGCCACCAGGACGCUGCUUGGCACAGACGUGGCGGUGAGGUACAACUUCGAGAGGUGGCCUGCGCGAAUGAUGUACUUCUCCGACGCGGACUUCGAAGGGUAUUUUUUGGUCAGCGCCGAGGAUAACAAGAAGGACCUGAAGGCGCCUCCCAGACAGCAGAAACUUUCGAUGAAGGACAUCCGGUGGUGCUGGAAGGAAAAGGGUUACCCCAGAGCUGUUAUGGGGAACCCGAGCGGGAAACAGGCUCAGGUGGAKUYUUGGUGCCAGUUUUGUGAAGAUGCUCUUCAAAAGACGCCGUACAAUCAUUUGUGUACACUCGCUGACGACAAGACCGAGCAAGGCAUAAGGAAGCAUAUUGCUGCCCUUCGAUCUUAUUUCCAGGUUGCGAUGGCCAGUGAGAGCGCGUGGAAAAUGGGAAUGGAAUUUUUCGAGAAAUGGGAGACAGGCAGACUGCUGGCACCCGAAGGGGCGAGGUGGAUCGCGAAGAAGAAAAAGGUGAAGGGCGUGAAGGCCGGUGUGAGCCACAUCGAAAAUGAAAAGACCGGGCGAAAGGAGGUCGUCUACAACAUCCCCGUCGAUGCGCCUYAAAAGAAAGGAAAAAAAGAAAAGGAAUCCGGSGAUUGGUUYGUCCAAGUCAACGAGCCGGAUCCGCACUGCUGGAAAAGCAUGGAAGCCCUCACGGACAAUGAGAAAUGUCGGCUGUUGAAGAAGGUUCUCAACUGCGAGGUGGUGUGGGUGCAGACCAACUCCUCUGCGUUGGCAAAGCAAGGGAAGUUGGGGAUGCAAGAGGCAGUGCAUCUGGUGAAGUGCGACCACAUCUUGGUGCGGUUAUGGAACUACUACCAGUUCAAGUAUGAGAAUCGGCCCGACUCCGAUUGGACGCGUUCCUAUCCCUUCCUGCGAAAAAGAGAGAAGUUUUUUUCGCAGUUCAAAAGCGAGGGACUGGAUGCAGCAUUGUGGGACGGAAGCAGGAAACUCGUUGGAGACUCAUCGUUGUUCAGAGACUGUCCCCCGUUCAUGGGCUGCGAAGACGACAAGUUGAUCAAGGCGGCGAAAAAACUGGUUCUCAACAAGAAGUUGUCCAACGACUGGAAGAACAAGGUCCUUUCCGUGCUGACCGGCACCAGGUCGAAGAGCAUGCGCUCGUCGAAGGCAUGGGAGCACAUGUUGGCGUUGCUGGACAACUACCAUGGCGCCUCGCGUUUGAAUGCGAAGAACUUCCUGGACCGGCUGGAGUGUUUGAACUUUGUCGAGUCGGAGCAAGAACUCAGGGUCGCGAGUUACAAUGCAUUGAUUGCCACGGACGAAGAGGCAACGACCGGAGUCGUUUUCGACACGAAUGUUCCGAAGGAGGAUAGCGGCAACGAGGAAAUCCCCCUGAAUUACCUCCCUACUCCUGUUCUUCCACCCCCGGGCUCCUCGACGGCAGAGAACCCCCGUUUCCAGGCCACCGACCCAGCCGUCGUUCAACACGCUGAACGUUUGUUUCUGGAGCUUCAAGACAAGGGGUGGUUGGAACUCUCGGACGAGUUUUACGACUUCGAUACGAGCCCUUUGAAGGGAAGCGUGGACUGGAAGGUCCCCCCUGCGACGGGGUCGCAGGGUAGUGCGGGAGGGGGACCUCCAGGCCCUCCGCGCGGGGGAGGGGGUGGGGGACGCGGCAAGGGGACAGGAGAGGGCGCCGAGUCAGGGGGAUUGGUUGGCACUCACAACCAAGGCAGAACAUUGGAAAGCGGCAUCCGGCUUGGGUUGUUGAACGUUGCAGACAAGACGACCGUCGGGGCCAGCAAAUCGGCUAAGUUCGCCGACAUCCGAACUUCUCAGAACAUGGAGCCGCCGCCUUUGGACGCUGCGAAGUCCGUCGGCGGCCGCACUGCAUCCACCACACAUUGGUCGGCCCUCCCCUCGACGACUGAUUUUGCCGCUUUCGUUGGCAUCGGGAGAGGCUCGAGUGUGGGUGUUCCGAUCACCGGCGUCAAGUACAAAUCCGCCGCUAUCCGGACAAAGCCUCAUGAGGAGCACGAUGGGGAGCCCGUCCUGCGCAGCGCUACAGGAGCAGAAAUGUCGGAAACGGGUGCCAAAACGAAGUCCGCCAGAAUCCGCACUUCGGUUUCAUCCGGUGCAACGUCCGACGACUUUUCUACGCAGCAGGAGACUGCGUCGGCCGUCGAAGACGGGCAGCCUGCUGAGUUCAAUGCACGGUUGGAUAGCGGGGCGCCGUCUUUCCUCUGCAAUUUGAACUCCGCCGGUAUCCGAACUUGCUGGGGAACAGGCCGGCAGUCAGAGGUCGUCGGGCGGGCGGGAGAUGAGACGUGUGCAGGGACAAAAGACUUGUUGACGGGAGUCAACGCGGGGCCGGUGGGAGGAGCUAAUAUGCGCGAGAGGGAUGGGGGGGAGGAAUGGGUACAAGUGGAGGACGGCCAAGAAGAAAAUGAAUGGGAAGAAGGUGGGGAAGGAGCGGAAGGGGAGGACGAACGGCCGGAGGGUGGAGAAGAUGCUGGUUGCGGGGUCUCAGGCUCGACUGCGCUCCUCGUCUUCGUGUCCAAAGGCUAACAUGCUCCUCGCUGAACUGGACCACGUGAUGACACUCCACUGGUUGGAGAGACCAUCAUCUGCAUGGCUAUGUCAAUAUUGUACUUUUCAAC